AUGGCCGGUCGUAUCCAUGGAUUCUUGGGCGGAGUAUUGCUCACGGGUUCUCUCGCAUACUUGACAUCUCGUGAGUUUCGCAUAAACCAAGGAAUUGUCUCGCAAUCUUUGAGAGAAUCAUCAAGAAUCAUCGAAGAAAGAAACCUGCCGGUUCCUCACCAAUCAAACGUGUUGCAAUACCAGGACAAAACCGUGUCCGAAAGCAUCAAAGACAUCUGGAACCACGAGGUUAUCAAGAGUGUUAAUUAUUUGUAUUCCCUUGAUUUUGCUUCUGUUGGGGAAUCCAUUACCAAAAAGAUCGAUCAGCCUGCCGAAAAGGGCGCCGAUCAAGCUCAAAAAGAUCUGAGCAAACCACCAUUCACGAGGAUUGAAUCCAAGACUAAAGGAAGCAAUCACCCAACCAAUGAGAUCCGUAAAGAUAUAGAGUUUUCCUUUCUCCAGAGACUUGAGCACGAUACUAGCGCACUCGUCGGCCGGGAUUGCAGGGGAUGGCCCUUCUAUUUGGGCUGUAAGGGCAGGUUUGGUCAGCAUUUCCUCAGCGUAUCCUUCGGACUGGAAAUUUCCAGGGAAAACAGUAUGGACCUUGACUCCGUAUGGUAG